AUGUGCCGUGGCCUUUGGUUCACCCCAGGAAGAGCUGUGUCCCGGAUUGCAGCACCAGGUGCAGUUACGGGGUGCUUGUGUGCCGGCCCGCCUGGCCACACCGCCAACCUGUGUUGUGUGGAAAGUAGCGGGCAGGCGGCCAAUCUGCCUCAGGCUUGCAAGCACAGGCCAUUUCCGAGUCGCAGAGAACGGACCGUGGCCUCAGCCAUGAGCCCGGCAGCUCCAAGCAGUCUCCUUUUGGCCUGCAGCCUGGCCUUCACAGCAUUGUUUACAGCUUCCUGGGAAAUUAAGAUGAAUGACUUCGAGGAGAAGGAUGUUGAUGAAUUCAACUCUAAUGGCUUUAAGUGCCCAACGUGCUUUGCAGUGAUGGGACGAAAGUGUGACAAUGAGCUCAAGUGGUGCACAGCUGAUAAAAUCAAAUGUGUUGAAUUUUCUGGCAUCAUAAACACAGGUAUUAAAGACAUUGCUGUUGAAAUGAAGAAAUGCAUACAAGCAGACCUAUGCAAAGAGAUGAUAACUUAUAUGGGUUUUCCAAUUGCUAACGAGAGUAAAAAUUGCAGAUCAGCCAUCAGAAAUGAGGCAGGAGUCAGACCCCCCACUCCUGUCUUCUUUGUUCUCUUCUUGGAGAAGAUGCUUCAUUGAGCUCCUGCAAG